AUGAACUUCUUGCGGAGGCGGAAGAAUAGCUCCGAGGAUGAAGAUGAUGAUGAAUUCUUAAAUGUUACAGCGGCAAAGAACACUAGAACAAAAUCAAGGAAACCUCCAAACACCGCAUUCAGACAGCAAAGACUUAAAGCAUGGCAACCAAUCUUAACUCCUAAACUGGUGAUUCCUUUAUUACUUUUGGUAGCAAUUAUCUUUGCUCCUUUGGGGACAGUGAUUACACAGACUCAAUAUAACGUGGAGAUCAUUCAAAUCGAUUACUCUAAAUGUGAAUCAUUGGCCAAUACUGAAGAUUAUCGUUCUGUUCCCAAAAGUAAAGUGUAUUAUCAUUUCAAGGGUAAGAGUACUGAUCCUAAUGUUAAAUGGAAGUUGAUCAAUUCAACAUCUCACCGUGGAGAUGAAGGUUUACGCUGUCUGCUUCAAUUUGAUUUACCUAAAGAUAUCAAACCUCCACUUUAUUUAUAUUAUCGUUUAACCAAUUUCUAUCAAAACCAUAGAAAAUACGUUCAAUCUGUUGAUUUACCUCAAUUGAAGGGGGAAGCUGUAUCGCCGGAAUCUUUGACUACCAAUUGUAAACCCUUGAGAUCAAUAACUGAUGAUCAAGGUAAUGAAAAAGCCAUUUACCCCUGUGGGUUGAUAGCAAAUUCAAUGUUCAAUGAUACUUUUGAGAAUCCUGUGCUUUUGAACCCCAAACUUAGUGAUAAUAAUGAAACAUACACGUUUUCCCAAUCUGACAUAUCUUGGUCUUCUGAUAAAACAAAAUAUAAGAAAACAACCUAUAACGUCGAUGAUAUAGUUCCACCUCCCAACUGGGCUAAACAAUUUCCCAAUGGGUAUACCACAGAUAACUUGCCUGAUUUAAAUAAUUGGGAACAUUUCCAAAAUUGGAUGAGAACAGCUGGACUACCCAACUUCUACAAGCUUUAUGGUAAGAACACAACUUCUACGUUAUCUUCGGGUACUUAUCUGAUGAAUAUCAAUCUUAACUACCCUGUAUCUGUGUUUGGAGGAACUAAAUCAGUUGUUAUCACCACUUCUUCAAUCUUUGGUGGUAGGAACGUUAGCUUAGGAAUCAUCUUCAUUAUUGUGGCCGUAGUAUCACUUGUGAUGCUGAUUGGGUUCUUCUUACAGCAUUUGAUUCGACCCAGAAGAGUCGGGGAUCAUAAUUUCCUCCAAGGUUCUGCAUUCACGGCUGUCAGAGAUCAGCUAUAG